AUGAAUUCGAGAUGUUUUGAAGUCAUUACUUUCAUGCUCAUCAUGUCUGUCCGUCCAGCUGUUGCUACUCCUUUACAUAUUUUGCUGAUAGUUGUGGAUGACUUAGGGUGGAGCGACGUAGGGUUUCACAACCCACAGAUCAACACUCCGAACCUAGAUCACCUUGCCUCUGAAGGAGUAAUACUGGAUAAUUACUAUGUACAACCUAUUUGUACGCCAACCAGAGCCGCUCUUCUUACUGGAUUGUACCCCAUACACACAGGUAAACGAAUAAAGCGAGAUUGGUGCUUAGUAGUUUAAUACCUUCCCGGGGGUACUCUCUGUAAUGACCCAUACGGGGAGACUCCACCGGAAAUGGGUUCGCUUUUUAGGUUCCAGGUAUAUGAAAGGGUAGGGACUGUCAUUUCGGUCUGUAGAGGAGACCAAAAGGAGAAGAACACAACAGAAGACGUCGAGAAAACGUUCUCGUUUUGUGAUUUAUUCGUCAGUACAUUUGCAGCAGUUAAAAGUGGUGCAAUGUGCUAUACUUGGUAUGUUAAAGGGGUACCAUUUUGUUAAUAGAAGGUACACGAAAGAGGUACCUUUUCCGUCAAAAGGGUAAGGAGUUGGUACGUCCUUUUCGCAGAAUUUCCCACUUGCGAUAGAGAGAGAUUCCACACACGUUGGUUCAACAAUCGAGGACUGUAUACUUUCGUACAAAUCUGACUUUAUUCUUCACAAUUCAACAUUACACGUUCCGUUCUACGAUCGAUUUCAGUCAAUCUAACUAAACUUUCCAAAAAUGCUGCGUAUAUUAGCUAAGGAAGUCCACACCCAGAAGCGUAAUUCCGGCGUGGUCACAAUAAUCAAAUGGGGUCUAAGCUCUUUGCUCACGUUUAACAUCGAUUCGUGGGCACUAAUUUCAACUCCCCUUAAGCGUGGGUUUACGUGACAAUUGUGGUGCUAAUCCUUAUGUGCGGUUAAGCUAGUAAUACCCGAUUAAAUACAACAUUGAUUAAUUUUAAUUAUCUUAUCCCACGAUAUUUCCUGUUACAAUCUAAACAACUCUGUUAGCAGUGGCGAGAUUAUAUAAUGGCUUACUUAAUCUAUUGAAAAUUUGAUGAAAUAAGAAAAUACAAUCAUAAGCAUUCUAACGUUUCACAGCAGUCAUUGGGUUAGAGCCUUCCCUUACAAAGCUUUAUAAGGUGUACCCCCCCUCCCCCACCCAUGCAUUAAUUUAGCUCGGCGUAGGUCAGUGAAAGCCAUUUUCAUUUCAACUAGACCCGUAACUUUGUGACCUCGGGGUUCCCUUGAGCAAAUUUUUUUUGGUCCAAAAAGGUUCAAUUGAGUAAGCUACACAAGAAAUCACAGUUAUCAAAGGUCACGUACAUCGAAAUAACUAGAGUCUAAAUGCAUCAAUAUCUGCAAACGAUGCUUGCCCCAUGACCUUAACAUAUUGCAUUGCAGUAUAAAAUUGUAUAGUAGAGGUCAUAAUAUGAUAAAAAAGCGAGAUAUAAUCAGUAACAUCAAUACAAAAGCAAAGACCAAGAAUAUAGUCACACAAAGCUAAUUAAUUAACUCAACUCGUUUUCUGUUUCUUCUUCUGUAAAGCAACUAAAGCUUACUGAAAUAUGGAGGCAUUCGAAAUAUCCUAGCACUAUUGCGUUAAUCAGAAAUUAAACACUCUCUUCAAAUUUCGUUGGUGGUUCACUACUUCGAGAGGGCCUCCAAAUAAGUUUCACUCGGAAGAGUUUGUUAGUAAGUUGGACUUGUGAAGUCGGUGAGUUGAACUGAACCGUUGCAAAUGCAAUGCUAACUGAUGUUGGUCUACGGUACGUUUUCAGGUCCAAACACUCAUUAUUUUUUUUUAACCCUAUGAGAUUCUGACAGAAAAAAAAAACAACACAGUGCCGUCUGGUUUACGUCAUAUAAAAAGGUCCUGAAUUAGACUGUUUUUUUCAAUUAUUGCUCCUGAUAUUAGGCAUGCAAAAGGGAGUCUUACAUCAAAAGCAGCCAUACGGACUGCCUCUUAGAUUUACUACCUUGUCACAGAAACUCAAAGAAGCAGGUAAGUCUAUAAUUACUCUGUAUCAUUAUAUGGCCAUGUCUCAAAAGGACUGGAAAUUAAACAAACAAAUUCAAGAUUUUGAUUGGCUAAAAUCGAUCUUGACCGCGGUCUGGAUUUUCCCAUCUAGACCGGCAUGUAGACCGAUCUUGUUGUAACAGUUGUCCUGAAAAAGUUACAAACAAGAAAAAAAGAGAAUGAGCAAAGUAUAUGAAAAAAUUGGCUUGUUCCUGUUAAUAAUACUAAAUGGAAGAAUCAGUGGACCUUCACAAGGAAGCAGGUAAAGAAAACGAGCAAACGUUGGCAAAUUUGAGUCCUGCCGAGGAAGCUACGUGCAAAGAUGAAAUCGAAAUUGAUUUUUUGUUCCUUUGCUUUCUUGUUUGGCCAUAUAAUAAACAUGUUAUUAUUUAAACCAAGCUAAGUCGAUCUGUAUGGGAGAAUCUUGUCCUCAGACGCUGGUACAGACCUCACUGCGUUCGGUCUGUACUAGCGACUUCGGUCAAGAUUCUCCCAUACAGACCUCCCGCUCGGUUAACAAGAACUAAGUAUAAACGUUCUCAGACAAAUAAAAAGAUCCGACCCUUAAGUUCAAGUCGAUAAGCUAUGGAAGUGGAAGCAUAGCCUCGAUUAGAGCUGCUGAGCGGAAAAUGAGCCUGCUUUCCAUCCCCGGUACAGUACCCUACAAUAGCUAGCCAUCUCCCCUCCUCUUCCCUUUACAAUGUGUACGUUGUAAAGCCAAAAAGAUUCUACUCUAUCUUUUUCGCUUUAUUGAUCUUUGUUUUAUAUUUUCUUAUAGCUAGGACUGAGAUUCUGCUGUCUGGUAGAGAGCCCACUCGUUUCUGGAUACGAAUUCUGAAAUAAUAUAAAAUUCAUUUAACACAUUUCUAACCAACAAACGGCCGACAUUUCGCAACGUUACCACUGGAUUUCCCGCGAAGUGACAUCAGAGAAACCAGCGCAGAAAUUCCAUACUGAUGACGCGUCACUACCCAGAUCUGGCCAAUAGUGCUUCCGAUUGGUCGUGCCUCGAGAGAAAUUUGCUUAAACCAAUUAGAAGCUGGCUACCCAGGUAAGGGCAGUGACACGUUAUCAGUAUGGAAUUUUUGUGGCUCGUUUGCCAUCCCUCGACGUCAUGAUUUCCCUAGGAAACCACCGGUGACGUCGCGAAAUUUCAGCCGUUUUCUAAUCUCAGGCUAACCAAUUGCUCCUGCAAAUUAUUUUUUCAUUCCAGGAUAUUCUACUCACAUUAUUGGCAAAUGGCACCUUGGCUUCUUUCGUUGGCCUUACACCCCGUUAUACCGUGGCUUUGACUCCUUCUACGGUUUUUACGGUGGAGCUCAAGGUUACUACAGCCAUGAACAUGACGGAAUCCUUGAUUUGCAUGACAACAAGAAACCCGUACGAAAUAAGCGUGGAGUUUAUUCGGCAACGCUGUACGCUGAGGUACUCACAGAUCUUCCGGAUCCAGAUUGUAAAAUAGUACUGAUUACCAAAAUACAGUGGAACCCAAUAAUAUAACUUUUUUUUUCCAUAAAAAUUUGACCUUAUACAGCGGUUUAGUGUCGUAUCUUCCCCCAAGGCGAUGGCUGUAGGGCUCAACUUUUGAAAGGUUUACUGAAAAGAUUGUCUGAGUUCGCGUCCAGCCUGAACUCAAUGCAAGCGCGGUGUAAUCUCGGGUUGUCUUUACAGCUAUUUCGGAAAAGUACAAGCGUCAAUCCCGAAAGGUAUUGUGGGUGGUUUUUAAGUGCACUGUUCUUCAAAGAAAUUUAAAGGAAUGGCAAGGGAGGCCAGGGACAUUUGUUUGCAUGUGCUAAAGGAAAGCAACAAAAGUAGGUUCGACAGCUACAGUCGUUAGGAACGGUGUAUUGAUCAUAUCCCAUAUUACCUUUCCGGAAGGUCGCGUGCACAUUUUUUUUCCGACAACCUUUCUUGAAAUAGCUGUAUACAUAAAUAUGACGAUAGUGUGCCCUACAGUUCCCUACUUACAUAAAAAAAACACUUGACAAACUCGUUCAGUUCUUUUUGCGGCAGUUUUGGUGGUCAAGAAAUGCUUUGCGAGGAAUCUCCAUGGCAGAAGCAUUUCUCGUAGAAACUGGUCAGUAAUUUCUUUACGCACGAAACCCUUAAGAGGUUUUGAGAACCCGUAAUGUUAGCUUCAAAGUGCGAGCGAAAAUCGACCUAAGAGAACAUAAUUUCCAAAUCAGUUUAUGACUUGAGUUUCUUUUUCUAUUAAACAGCAAGCAAGGAGAGUGAUCCUAUCCCACAAUGCAUCCAAACCCUUGUUUUUAUACCUUCCAUUUCAAAGUGUGCAUGGACCAUUAAGUGUUGAUCUAAAAUACGAACAGAAGUAUCGAGGAAUUCGCAACAAAAGGAGGCGAACUUAUGCUGGUAUGGUCGAUAUUUUGGACGAAGCGAUAGGAAACGUCACACAAGCUAUGAAAGAGGCUGGGUGAGUCGUCAACGGUAUAAGUUCGUUAAAAGAGACUUUUCACAUUCUAAGGCAAAGACGCCUACGAGGGCGAGGUUUUCUCUAUACCAAGUAAUGCGCGCGCGUGAACCAGAGUGGCGGGAAAAUUAAACGUGACGACAAAAAAAACAAAACAAUCUCAAUGCCUAAACAUAGUCUUCAAUAACAAAACAAUUGACGCGGAGUGAAAAGACAGCCGACAAAUGACGUCUGAGAAACGAGCGAAUAAAUUCCAUACUGAUGACGUGUUACUACCCAGAUCAGGGAAGUGCUUCAGUCUGAUUGGUUGAGGUAAAUUUCUCACGCAACACGACCAAUCAGAAGCACUACCCAGGUCUGGGUAGUGCUUCUGAUUGGUUGAGGCAAAUUUCCCAAGAGGCACGAGCAAUUAGAAGCACUACCCAGAUUUGCAUAGGUAGUAACGCGUCAUCAGUAUGGAAUUUCUUCCGUCACUCCUCGGGCGCCACUUUGCGGGGAAACCAGUGAUGGUGUGUCUUACCUUUUUAAAAAGAUAGCAAAUAGCUUGACAUAGUCCUCCAAACAACACUUCUUAUGAAAAGGUUUUACUUCUUUGCUUUCGUUUCAGUCUAUGGAACGACACCUUGACGAUUGUAACUACUGAUAAUGGAGGCGAUCCUGGUCAAGGUGGAUACAACUGGCCCCUCCGGGGACAGAAAGGCAGCCUCUGGGAGGGAGGGGUCAGGGGAGUUGGUCUAGUUCAUGGAAGGAUGCUUCAAAAGACUGGGGUUAAGUGCAAGGAGCUCCUUCACGUCACUGACUGGUAUCCGACCCUUGUUAAUCUUACAGGUAAAUUAAAAAAUUUGUUAACUUCCAUUCAAGGACAUUGAGGGACGCAACUAACUGUGCUCCAAUUCGCAGAUAAAUAGAAAGCUAAAACAAAAAUAUAUAAACAAACCCGAAGGACAGAAGGUGAAUAAAACUGUGCAAUUGCCACUUAAACUUUUUUCCCGAGAAUUUUUUGUCAAAGAAAAUGGGAUGUUUUCCCUGAUUUUGCCACACGCGAGAGCCAUAUUAACUGCUGCCUGAAAAACAUGGUCGUAUAAGACCAAGAAAGAUAAUUACUUUAACUUAUUAAAAGGAAACACAAAUUUAAGGAGAGAAAAGGGCACACGUCUGGUUGACGAGCGUCGCUCAAAAACGAUUUCGCUUUAGUUCCAGCAGCAACAACAACGGCUCAUAUUUGCAUGACCGUACAAGUACCGUAUUGCAAAAGCUACGUUACUUUGGUAAUAAUUUGUCACGAACAUCAAAGCAAGCUGAAAUAUAUCUUAUGAAUUGUAUAUUGAUAAAGUAAUUAGAGGAGUUCAUGGGCACUGCGUAUUAUCCUUCGUAUAUUAUAGUUUGAUUGCAUAUAUCUACCCAAUUCUAUCAUUAGUUUGUGAUUACUUAUUCGUAGUUUUACUAAAGCCCUUCACCCAGCUGUUCCUCUUGUUAAGUGUAAGUAAUUAGAGGUGGUAUGAUCGGUUUUAAAAGAUCUAUAAAAUUCAAGUUUUUGAGAAUGUUGAAGGGUGUUUUGCCAGUUUGAGAUAUGUUCCUAUUCAUUGAACUUACAUUAAGCUCCAUACUGUCUUAACCCAGGAUGGUCUUAUUUUGUUCUCCUUAAUUAAUGACUACCAGAUCGAUCUCUUGACCAAAGACGCACUGACGCUGCUAUUCGACAGUUGGAUGGCUUUAACAUUUGGCGCAGUUUAUCCGAAGGGGAUCCAUCGCCACGAAGGGAGAUUGUGCAUGACAUUGGUGACCAUAAGGCAGCAAUUCGUGUUGGAGACAUGAAGUUGAUAUUAAAUCAAACCGAUAGGAAGAGGUAUAUCCCACCAGAGUUGGUUGGAAGUAUUCCAGCUGGGCAACGAAAAAAGGUUAUUAUAAAAUUUCUUUUUAGUUGAGAGUUUAAAGGGGCUGCAUUGUGUAACAGUUGCCUAAUUCAUUGUUAAUUUAGCCAAUUACGCAUCCUUUUAGCCUGGUUUUCACUAGCGCAUAAGCAUAAGGACGUACGCAAGCGCAGAAUGGCAUAUUUGGCUCAAUUCUCAAUACCAGCUCUCCUCAACCCGACGAUAACCAAGAUGGCGGACGAAGCGUCCACCAUAUUGCUUUUUAGCGGAGCUAAAAGCACAUGAGAAAAUGAGCGACAGUGAAAAAAAAGUGAACGAGAACACGUACGACAUUUCCUCCAUAAAAAAGUUUCUUGAAGUUUCACGUUGAAGUCGUGCAAAACAACGGCAAUAAAAUGUACCAAAAAAGUGUGCCGCACGUACAAAGUUGCUUUUUUCUAAAUAGACCUACUGUUGUUUUUUCACCGUUCUCCGGUGUUGCCUUUGCCGCUUAGCAUUACACGAUUUUAUAUUUUGUUUGAACAAACUAUAAAUAUUAUUGAGAGCUUCGCUUUUAGCCCUGGCUAAAUCAAUAUAUUAUAUGUUCGUAUGAGGUCUUGGUCAAAGUAGUUUUCACUUGCUUACACCCAUGUCCUUGUGCUUACACUUUUGCUUAUGCGCUUGUUUAAACCAGGCCUUAGGGGCCAUUAAACUUAACAAAAAAAAUUACUUGCAAGCCACAAAAUGACAGAUUCUAUAUCUUUUCCAACUAAUACAGUUCCCAAACAUUAUACCAAAUGUUAAACCAACCGAAAAAAAUACACUUUUUAAGACUGCCAAGUUAACCCACCGCAAUUUCAAUCCUUUUUAAUCUUCUUCAAGCUUGUCCAUCUCUGCCUAAUUUUGUCUUUGCUGUGUUCUAAACCCCUUCUUUUAAUGUUUGAGCAAUUACUUUUUAUGUUUCAAUCAAUUUGGUGGCAGUUUGUACUGUUAGAAUUUAGUUUAAAAUUUGCAUCUCGUGUAACUCUUUUCUAAUAAGUAACGUUUACUUUCGUUAGUCACAAUAAAUUUGCAUAGCUGCUGGCCUCGUGAUCAUGAGUGUAAACGCUCUACAUUUAGCAGAAACAAAACAAUCUGGGGCCCGUUUCUCGAAAGUCCCGAUAAUUAACGGGCCCGGUAAGCUGUCUCCGUUUACAUUAAAGAUGGAGGUUUCAAUAGUUUUGCAUACAACACGAUAAAACUGUCAGUUAAUGAAACAAAAUGGAGUAGUUUGCUAGUCAGGACCCGCGCUCUUAUUCUUAUAUUUCGAUUUGAAUAUUUGAUUUAGGGCCCGUAAAGUUACCGGGACUUUCGAGAAACGGGCCCCUGGUCCCCUCUAUCUCUCCCCCGGUAGGGGCUGGAUAGGUUGUUGGUUCCUGCAGGCUCCUCGGGCUGCGACACUAUUUAAUGAAAGAGAGUUUGGCGCCGAUUCUGCGAAGAGUUUCGGUUAUUGUAGAUCUGAGUUUUCUUUUAUUCCGGUGACAGAAACAAGCACCAUGUUCUAUUUAUCUAAACCAUUUCUUGAAACUAAAACCCAUUUCAGUAUUCAAAUUCACCGUACCCUAUAUGUAAGGGAAUCCAAGCUGGCAAUAUUUUUAGGGCACUUUCCAUUUAUCAGAACUGGCCGGCCGGACCAUUGCCGGAACAGUAAGUUUAAUAAUGAAUUAGGCUUUUUCCAAGAGUUUUUGCUGAAAAAUCAUGAUCUCCUUUGGUGCAUACUAUUCAGGAUUUGACUGAUCUGACGGGAAUGGUCUGGCCGGUCAGUUCUGAAAAGUGGAAAGCCCCCUAAGGCUCGAUUACAAGCCGCAAUUCUGAAAAUGAGCCCGCACUCCCCCCACCCCCCACCGAACAGCGGAAGUCGAGCCUACAACAAUCUUGAAUUCGGGAUUCGGGAUUCGGGAUUCGGGAUUCGGGAUUCGGGAUUCGGGAUUCGAGAUACUGGAUUACGGAUUCCUUGUCAGUGGAACUUGGAUUCCGGAUUUCAAUCGUUAUACGGAUUCCAAAGCCCAGGAUUCCGGACUCCAGAAGCAAAGUCCAGAUUUUCUUGCGUAGGGCGACACUCAAGCACUUCCUUUCUUUCUUUUAUACCACCACUAAAAACACUAAAAACCAUUUAAGUAUUCAGAAAGUCACUUUUCUUGCAAUUUCUACCUCCAGGGCAACUGUUGCAAAAAAUUUAUUGAUGUGGGCCUUUACAACAUUACCGCCGAUCCAUAUGAGAUGGAAAACCUUCGUAACAAGUUCCCGGAUAUUGUGGAGGCAUUGAUGACUAGGGUGGAGUACUAUAGACAGGGUGUUGUACCCCCCGAGAAAAAGUCUUCCGAGAGUAAAGCAAGGAAAGUGGCUCGUCGGAAGGGACACUGGGGACCAUGGAAAGAUUGA